GGAUCUCCCCUGUGGGAUGCCGCCGGGCGAAGUGGGUCUCCUUCUGCAGGGCGGCCGUGGAAGGAAGGAGCCGUGGGGAGAGAGAGCGGGGCGGAGCGGGGGGGUGGCUCGGCCGGGAGAGCGGAGAAGGGAAAAGCAGAGGGAGAGGGGCUCUGGCGCGGGAAGGGUUAAUGCGCCACACGCUCACGGUAGAGGGAGGCCAGGCAGGAAGGGGUUAAGCCCCCCUCCCCCCAAAACAUUCUUUCACCUCUCCCCACACGAAAAAAAGAAAUCAUUAUCCCUUUUGGGUGAGACUGGGUGGAUUUCGGAGUUUCCAGGCAGAAAGGGGUUAAGCCCACCCACCCACCCCAUUCGAAACCAUUACGGUCUUCCCUUUGGGGGGGGUUGGGAAAGGGGCCUCAGGAGGGGGCUCCCUUCUCCCCAACCCUACACCCCCCAGUUAUCCUGAAGGGCAGCUACGGGAGAUGCUCCAGUGCAGGGAUGCUCCUCCAGGCCUCUGGGUAGCAUCCUGACCCUUUGGGGGCGCCCUCACCAGCCAUGGAGCUUGGCUCCUGCUUCAAGAACUACGAGGACUUCCGGGAGUGCUUCAGCACCUACAAGAAGGAGAACCGGCUCCAGUACGGCUUGAGGAGCUGCGUCUCCAUCCGGUUCCACAACCGCAAGAACGGGACCAGCAUCCGCGAGGACGUCACGUUUAUGCAGGUGAAGUUUGGCUGCGCCCAAUCGAGAGACUCCAGCAAGAAGAGGAAGCAGCAAGCCAGCUUGUGCCCGGCGUAUUUCGUCCUGCAAUACAACGAGGAAAUAGACCGGCUGGUGAUCAGCGAGCUGAAUGGCAACCACAUCCACACAGAGUCCAAGGCUUCCAUGAUCAGCUCCGAUGAUCAUGCCCCACCUGGGACCAGGAUGGCAACGAAGCUGCCUGGCCCCCCCAGAGCUCGCGGCAGCCCCCCAGCUAAGCUGCACAGGGAGGAGCCUUUGGAGGUAGAAGCCUGUGAAAGGGACAGCGACGUGAGCGUGGAGGUUGAAGUGGACUCUGACGAGCCUCCACUCCUCCCGCCUUCCCCUCGCAAGGAAGCCGAGGUUCCUCAGGCAGGGGAAGAUGGCUCCUCCAACUCUGCUUUCCUCCAAGUCGCCGAAGUGAUGAAAAACGUCUUGCGGGUGGAUAGGGGCUCCUUGGCCUCCAUCAGCGUUGGCAGCGACCAGGACCUGGAGAGGCUGAACUUCCAGACCAGCAAGAUGAGGAGCCUCUUUGUUAAGUUCCCCGAGAGCCUUCUGCUACACCGGAUGCAGAGCAAGAGGGGCCACAUCCUGUACGCGUUCCUCGUGGAGAGCAAGGAGAGGGUGGGGAAGUUGGUCCACCUUGCCAUCUUGAAGGAGGACACGCAGGAGAACACACGGAAGAUGUUCUCCGUCUUCAAGGAGUUCAAUCCUGAGUGGCAGAAGGUCAAGGUGGUCUUCAUGGACGUGUCCUUCCUCCACCGGGCCAGUCUGCAGGAGCUCUUCCCUUCGGCACAGGUCCUCCUCUCCGUCUACCACACCGUGCUGCUCCUGGAAAAGAAGCUGAAGGAGUCCCAUGCUUCUUUCUCCUUCAAGCACAACUUCAAGCUGGCCCUGAGGGAAGCUGUCUUCUCCACCUCCACCUCGAACCUGGACGCGUUGUCCCAGCAGGUGAGGCACCUGGUGGACCAGGACUUGUACAAGUACCUGCAGACUAACUGGUUCUCCUGCGAGAUGCUCUGGUACAUGCACGCCAAAAAGGGCCUCCAUUCCUGCAACACCUACAUCGACAGCUUGGACCUCGUCACUCAAAAGCUGUCCCACCUUUUUGGCACCCAGCUGUCGCUGGAGACCAGCAUCCUUCGCUUUGUGGAGUACGCCGACUGCUUCAACACCAAAGGCCUGGAGACUCUGACCCAGGGCCUCUCAAGCCUGGAGGAUAGCCGCAGCGGCCUCAUGCAGGAGCUGAAAGUCCUGGCCCGACCCGCCGUGAGACGCAGCUUCAGGACCGCACAGCAGCAGAGACUCAGCUCCAGGACCACACAGCAGCAGAGGCGCAGCUCCAGGAACGCACAGCAGCAGCAGCAGCAGCAGCCAUUGCCUGGGGACGCAGAAGAGGAGCCUCCGAAGGUCACCAAAUACAGCCCAGCCAAGCCUGUUGAAAACAUGCUGGCGGCCCUGCGGGACAGCUGCACGGACGUGGCCUACCAGCUGUGUCUGAACGAGUGGGAUGUGGUGCAGAAGUCCGUCCAGCUCCUGAGCUGCGCCAGGUACAGCACCACGGUGCAGCUGCUGGAGGACACCCACCAGGUCAGCAGGGACGGCAAGAGCUGCAGCUGCUACUUCCACUGCCGCUACCAGCUGCCCUGCCGGCACAUCCUGUCCAUGCUGCUGGCCAAGCGGGAGGUGGUGGGGGAAGCCAUGGUGGGCAAGCGCUGGCAGAAGGAAUACCAGCACCUUUCCAUCUUGGGGGAGAACCUUCUCGAGUUUACAGAGCACUCCACAGGCCCGCUGGGGGCAGUGGGGGCGGCCUCAGGGGAGCAGGGGGACAAGAUCCAGUCUCUCAGCAAGGAACUUGGGAACCUCUUGCUGCAGAGCGAGGGGGAGGAGCUGGAGGAGCGCACCUCCACCCUCAAGAUGAUUGUGAACAUUUGGACUAAGUGUUGCGAGCUGCAGGGCGGGGAGGUGCCGGGGAAGAAGCCCCUCAACGUCCGGAACGUAGGGGACCUCCCCUUGCUCUGGGUGAAAAAGGAAGAGAUGGAGGAAGUUGAGGUGACUUCAGAAACGCCAGGCCCUGCCGUUGAAGAUGUCCAGACUUCCCUGGCUUGAAAUCCACGCCAGCGUGGUGUCGUGAGCAGCUGGAGGCAACCUUGACUGUGCUCCAAGCCCACCGUGGUUUUUUCCAGCUAAAGAAACUCAGGGUUGCUAUUCAGCUUUGCAGCAAUAAAGCAGACUCUCUUCUGGUCCUCCCUUGGUGGCUGCUCCUUAUAAGGACUUGGCAUGCAGGUGGCGGGCACAACCGUUCCUCCUGACCUGUAUGUAAGAAAGGUCCCUGUUGACUGACUCUGACGCACACACACAUUCUCCAGGUUCUGCAGCGCACGGCUGCAGGCUUGACAAUCAGGGAAGGUCUCCUUCACACGGGGGGCCUUCUCCAGGGCAUCUUUCUUGCCAAACCUUCGUCCGUCGCUCUUGACUCACAUGUCUCUUUCCUUUUUGCCAUCUCCCUUCUUUUUCCUUCUUUAACGCAGGUCAUUUCAUAGGAUUGCAGAGUUGGAAGGAUUCCUGAGGGUCAUCACCUCCUACCUCCUGCUAUUCAGGAAUCUCUACUCCAGGGCAGAUGGCCACCCAACCCCUGCAGAAAGACCUCUGAGGAAGGAGAGCCCGCCUUCCAGGGGUGUUUGUGUUUGGCUGCUUCAACGUGACAAGACUCUCUGGACCUGAUGCAUGCAAAGAAUUGCUGUCUUGGUUCUACCUGUAUUUUUACUGUAAUGCUCCUGGGGUGGAGGCUGGCCCCCCCCCCCGCCUGGCUUCAGCGGCAGGGAAAGGCGAUGCUGAGUUGUUGCAUUCUUUGUUUCUCCUGAAGCCUCUCCCAGCAGGGACUAGUUUUGCUGCUAUGUACUUAGACCAAAUUUAUUGUUGGAAAUAAAAGUCUGACCGUCCUCCUUUGGUACCUGAAUGUACUUUUCAGUUUGCCUUGUGUUUCAAUUCUCUUU